AUGGCGAGCAAUCAAGGCAACUUGGCUAUGACUCAUGAAUCAACAAAAGAAUUGUCUAAUCAAGACAUGAGCAAGACCGAUGUAAAUUCCCCAUCGCAUGCUCAUCACUUUGAAAAAGAGAAUAAGUAUAAACCAUCACCGGCCUUUACCCAAUAUUGGUCAAAUCAACUUAUAUGGGAAAAGUGCCAAAAAUUUAACACGCCUGUUUUGAAUAGUUCUCCUUCUCCUUUAACUUCUCAAGAGAUAAGAUACGACUAUGAGAAUGACUCUGAUUCUAAUUUUAGCCCUCCGAAUAGCCCCAGUGCUAGAUCUGAUAGUUCCACAAGCGAAAGGUUUUCUCGUGAAACUAGUUAUUUCGAAACACCAGCAAAGAAGUCAAUGGGAAAACAAACAGAGGAGUUUCCAAGUAACAAAAAGGCCAGAAAUAGAGAAGCAGCUCAUAAGUGCAGGAUAAGAAAGAAGAAGCAUAUAGAUGAUCUACAGAAGCGGACAAAACAUUAUACGACAGAGAAUAAAUCCCUGUUGAAAGAAGCCAACAAUCUUAGAGAGGAAAUUGUUCGUCUUAGGAUGCUUAUCAUGGCUCAUAGAAAAUGCCCAGUAACCGCUGCUUGUGACCGAACACUUGUGAUGAUGGGUAAAAAACCAGUCUCAUCGUCCGAUAUUCCUCAAGAAUAA